AUGAAUUCAAAGGGAGACUUGGAGUUGCAGGCGACGCAACUGUGGCCCCUCGCGCGGCGUGGAUUCGGCGCGGACCGUUCGAAUAAAGGUGCCCGCAUGGCUGACACUCGAGCCGCGGCCCAUUGUUUCACUGUCGAAAGCGGUCUUUCGAAGAACAAUAGACUAAUUGUGAUCGGCGCCCCGCGAAGUGUACUCCGCUGCCGUUCCUUUAUG